AUGGAAAGUAUCAAAGAUGUUUUCUGUGAAGCCCCACCCAAAAUGACAAACUACAGUAUCUCUAGUAUUAUUCAUAACAGAAGCUUACUUCAUCUUUUCGAGUGUGAUGUUAAAGUGGAUUGUCCAAAAAGUUGUACUUGUGUAGACCAACCGUCGAGUUAUCGCCUUAAUGUUGACUGUCAAAAUUCUAGUCUGCAUUCUCUCCCAAAGCGGAUGCCUGAGAGUAUUCAUCAAAUACAGUUACACCUAGCUAAUAACAACAUUUCACUCCUCGAGAACAGAGGAUAUCUAAAACGUGUAUCAGUUCUAGACUUAAGCGACAACCCCGUCACAACAUUAACAAAAGCUGCCGUGCAUUCGCUUGGAACAGCAACACAUGUGAGUCUGAAAGGUCACAAACUUCAAGGUCUUCCUGAAACAAUAAGACUUCUAGAUCCUGAUCAGUUUGAGUUUGGGAAAGCUCCUAUUCCUUGUGACUGUGAUAAUACUUGGAUAGGAGAGUGGAAGAGAAUUAAAGGAGACAAUUUAUCAGGUAAUCCAUUGUGGUGCUCCACGAAUAAAGUUGUAAUGGAAGCACAGGAAGUCACAGACGAAUUCUUACACUGUACAAAAACUACUUAUACACGGCUUAUCAGCAUAAUGGAUUCUGUAUUUGGAGUGUUUAUGCUUGUUGUAACGGCGAUACUGGCAGCUAUUUACUUUAAAUUCGAGAUACUUCUUUUCACCAGAAGACUGCGCAUUAAGAAGCAGCACAGAUCAUGGAUGCAUGACAUAUAUCUCUCCUUCGACGAUGAAAAUGAUGAUGUUCGAUUUUUUGUAUUAACUAUUCUGCGUCCAUUUCUUUUAGAAAAGGGAUAUGAAGUCUACACACCAUGCUUGGAUACUGAUGUAGGAAAGGUAAAGGAAAGCGAACUGAAAUUCCACACCUAUCACUCCCGCUCGGUUCUUGUAGUCCUAUCAGAACACAGUCGACUUAAUGUAUUUACAGUAAUCGAAUACAAAUGUGCAUUCUCCUACUUCACUAUGGACGGCAGACGCAACAUGAUACUUCUCGAUUUCGAUCACGCGACACCUGUGAACAAUGGCACUCUGAUAGGAUCCAAGGCUUUGAAACGCUUUGGAUACUAUAUUGCAAUAACUGAUAGAAACAUCAAGGUCUGUAACAAGCUUGUCCAAAUGUUUGGACCACCAACCUCCAGAGCUGAGAAGGAUGAAUAG